GGGAACGGAAUAUCGGAUUAACCCCAAUUACAUUAACCCCUCUCUCUCUCUCUCUCUUAUUUCUCUCUUGUUCGCCACACCAUCUGAAUCCGACCGGGGCAUCUUUCCACCGUCUCCGGCGGCGACGGUUCCACCUCUGUCCCCGGCGGAGGAGUGGAAGCUGGAAUCGAGGCAUUGCAGAUAGUGUAGGAUGUCCAAUCAUCUCUCCGGUGGAGCAUAAAUCUUUCAGCAAUUGAGAUUGAUUCCUGCAUUCUGAUUCACCAACACCCCCAAAGGAUUGGGGUUACCGACUGAAUAUCCAUGAUACUGUUGCAGUCGCACUGCAGAUAUCUGCUGCAAGUCUUGUCUACUCGGGUGCAGAAUCUUGAAAAAGGAGUUGAAUUAGACUGCCAGUGGGUUGAAUUUGAUGAUGUCCGCUACCAUAUUCAGGCAACUGUAAAGAAUCCAAAUCUCGUUCUACUAUCACUGUCACUACCUGCACCACCUCCAGAAACUGUAUUUUUGGGGGGACUUCCUCAAGGAGCUAUAGAAGCAAUAAAAGCAGCAUACGGCGUGGUUUUACAAAUUCUUGAUCCCCCAAGAGAUGGUUUUAAUCUGACAUUGAAACUGAACUUGUCCAAACUUCCUCCAGAUGAAGAGCAAAAGCAAGCACUCCUGGUAAAGAUUGCUUCUAUAAGAGAAGUGGUGCAAGGUGCACCAUUGAGAGUGAUUCUGAAACAACUUGUCUCACGAGGUGUUAAGUCUGAUUUAAACCAGCUCGUUUCCCUUGUCCAUCGGCCAAACGAGUCAUUUUUUGUUAUUCCUCAGGCAGAAAAGGUGACCGUGAUUUUCCCCAUGCGUUUCAAGGAUUCCAUAGAUACUGUUCUUGCUACUUCUUUUCUUCAGGAAUUUGUGGAAGCAAGGCGAACUGCUGGGCUUAACAAUGCCCCUCCUUGCUUAUGGUCUUCUUCUCCCCCUCAAGAAUUGAACGGAGUUUCUGAUCAAGCAUUAUCAGCAAAUGCUGGAUUCGUCAGUUUUGUUAUAUACCCUCGCCAUGUGGAAGGCAGAAAGCUGGAUAGAACUGUUUGGAGUUUAUCAACAUUUCAUGCUUAUGUCAGCUAUCAUGUCAAGUCGUCAGAGGGCUUCAUGCAUACUCGGAUGAGACGUCGUGUGGAGUCACUGAUAGAUGCACUAGAUCGUGCGAAACCAGAUUCAGAGAAAUCGGAGAAAGCCAGCAAAACGGAACAAAAUAGAUCCUUCAAGCGAACGAACGUCAGGGACGGCCGAAGCAGUUUCAAUUCAAGAUGAAAUCAGCCGGACCAAUAAAAUGACUCGACUUACAAUGAAAAGUGAGAAAUUACGGAGCGAUCCCUUUUUUAACAUUCUUUUCUUCAAGAAACAAACCCGUUCUCUGUAUAUCAUAGUUUAUUUUUUAUUUUUUUAAUAUUUAUUUAUUUUCAUGUAUGUAUUGUUAGACGUUCCUUUCCGAGGAUGAUACUUUUCGUGCUUUAAGGAGGUUUUGCAGAAGUCUUUUAAAUGUUGAACUUAAAGAAUAGUCUUCCAUACUUGUAUGGGGUAUAUAAACAUCAAUCUUUCAUUCAAUAUGAAAAAUACACACUUCCAUGU